UAAAACAAAGAAAAUAAGACGGCAAAAAUUUUUUUUUGCAUGUAAACAAAACUCAAAUCAACAACUGUCAUCUUGCUGUCAUCCUUUUCAUUUGAUCUGUCAGUGUCACUGUUGAGUUGAGUUGAUUCCAUAGAAAUAUUCGCGGCAUCAUACUGUAAAAUUGUGUAUAGAUCGAAGAAUCUAACAAUAUAAGGCGUAAUCAAAUUAAUUUUAUCAAUUAAAUAUGAGUCGUAAAGAAGCACUUUCGUCUUUCAUCCAACAAAUCCACGGGCGACCUGUGGUCGUUAAACUGAACAGCGGUGUUGAUUACCGAGGUGUCCUAGCCUGUCUAGACGGCUACAUGAACAUAGCCUUAGAACAAACGGAAGAGUAUGUCAACGGUCAGCUAAAGAACAAGUAUGGCGAUGCCUUUAUCCGAGGAAACAAUGUUCUGUAUAUCAGUACUCAGAAACGAAGGAUAUAGUCAUGGUUUGUUUAAAUUAGGUAUAAGGAUACAAUAAAAUAUUUCUUAUAAAAA